AUGCCGUUUAGUGGAUCCGUAUCAAUGAAUCGGAAUACUCCGAAAGCAAAAAACUCUCCGAAAUGGAGACCCAAGCCGUCCGUCAACAAGACUAAUUUUAUGGAAAAGCCGAAUUUUACUACGCGGACCGGAAAACUAGUCGAUGUGUUGUUUAGGCGCCGUCACUGCAACUCCAGAGACAAUUUAACUCUGCUGUGCACUUACUUCGUAGCUAAUAAAAGGCACAAAAGAUUUCCAAAGGGGUCGAAAUCAUUUGUUGAAAAUGAAACCUCUAGUGAUGACUUCUAUUCAGAUAAAUGCAAAUUGUGUGCUACUAUUGAAAACGAACCAAGCAACAAAUUACAACAAUACGAUAAACCAUCAGCAAAAAUUAAUGCGGUUCUUAAGGAUCUAGGGUUUGUGUGUAAUACUGAUAAAAUGUAUACAUUUUAUCCAUCAGAGAUAUACCAUUAUAAAGAUUCUCAACAACAUAUUAACAGAUAUGGUCAGAAAAGUUUUGUUGCACCAAAACCAAAAAAUUCAAUAGGUAGUUCUGAAGGAUUUAAUCAAAAUGGAAUAUAUCAAAAGCCAAUUCCUUCUAAAAAAUACCCGAAAAAAAAUCAUUACAACAAAAAUGAUAAAAUUGAAAACUAUCAUCAAAAUUCACUAAUUCAAAAGAACAUGUGCUCAAAUCAAUUGAAUUCCCAAAAAAACACCAAUAAUUUCCAUCAACAGUUUUCUAUUAAAUACUGGUCAAUGAGACACUUGUUAUUUGCAAAUUUUGAUUGUGGUAUUCUACUGGACACAGAGAGCUUCUAUUCAGUCUGUCCAGAGGUAUUAAGUUAUCAUAUAGCAAAACGCUGUAAAAAUAACAUAGUGUUGGAUCCGUUUUGUGGAGCUGGUGGUAAUAUUAUACAGUUAGCAAAAACUUGCAAACGAGUUAUAGGGAUUGAUAUUGAUCCAGACAAGAUAAAAUUAGCAAAGCAUAAUGCUGAAAUAUAUGGUGUUGCUCAUAAAAUUGAUUUUGUAGUUGGUGAUUUUUUCUUAAUUUACCCAAAGUUAAAAGCGGAUGUAGUAUUCAUGUCACCACCAUGGGGAGGACCAGGAUAUUCAAUUGAUAAAAGCUAUAGUUUAACAUCUAUGUGUAGUGAUCAUUUUGGGGGAGGUUUUGGCAUUUUUGAUAUUGUUAAAACUAUUGCGCCUAAUAUUGCAUUUCAUAUGCCGAAAACCACAAAUAUAUUAGAAUGUAUGUGGUUGGCAAAAGAUUUUGGUAAAGUGGAAAUUCAGCAGAAUAUUAUUAAUGGAAGGCUGAAUUCAAUCACAGCAUUCUAUGGAGACUUCCACUGA